GGCGGUUAGCGACGGUUGGGGCCCUGGGUGCCUCUUUAAAAUGAAACUGGCCGGGGUUGGGAACAGCCGAGCACCAAAGUGCGCGCGAGAGCUGAGCCUGGGCUUGCGUGGAGCCAGAAGCCGGUUGGGAGCCGCUGCUUGCAGCAGUGAGCGCCGCCGAGCGCUGGGGCUUCGAGGGGAACGGAAGCGUCGCUGAACCGGCGGCGGUGUCGAGCUUUGCCCCUGAAAAGGGGUAGAGAAGCGAGGCUUGUCUGUCCGCCGCGGCUGCCUUGCUGGCUUUAGGGAGCACCGGGAGGGUUUUGUUAUAGACCUGUCUUAAAACUUUUGCUUUUUAAGAACAAGCCCGCCCCCCCCCCCCCAUCUGCUAACUGCCUCCAAGCAGCUCCGUUUCCCCAAAUUUCGAUCUCUCUCAUCUUAAAACAUUAAUAUAUAUAUAUAUAUAUUGUCUACCCCCCAUCUUUUAUUUUGGAUCUGCGAGAAAGAAGCUGAAAUAAGCGGCUCCGUUCCCUCGAAGCAAAGGGGGAAAUUGAAAGAGGGGGACAUUUCUCUUGCUUCCUGAGAGGGGAGUGGUUUUCCUGAAGAGGAAGCCAUCGAGCUAUUCUUAAGAAAGUUUCUUCUCUACCCCCUCCCGGGUUUUCUCUCUCUCUCUCUCUCUUUUUUUGUACAUGCUUCGGGAGCCUAGGCUUUUUACUUCGUGCUGUGCCAGACUUUUAUAUUUUUUUUAAAAAAAAGUAAAAGAGAGUCCUGGCCAAGAGAGCUCCCGAGCGAUCGUCGCCCACCUGCCUGUUUGUCACAAUGUACAAUACAGUGUGGGAUAUGGAUCGCGAUGAUACGGACUGGAGAGAAGUGAUGAUGCCGUAUUCCACGGAGCUGAUAUUUUAUAUCGAAAUGGACCCUCCAGCUCUUCCUCCAAAGCCCUCCAAACCAAUAACUCCUAUCAAUACAAAUGAGAUAAAAGAGAACUGCAGCUCGCCAUUGCAGGAAGCGGAAUGGUACUGGGGAGACAUCUCAAGAGAAGAGGUAAAUGACAAACUCCGAGACAUGCCAGAUGGAACAUUCUUGGUGCGAGAUGCAUCAACGAAGAAACAGGGAGACUAUACACUCACACUCCGGAAGGGUGGCAACAAUAAAUUAAUUAAAAUCUAUCAUCUGGAUGGGAAAUAUGGCUUUUCUGAUCCACUGACAUUUAAUUCUGUUGUGGAAUUGAUUAACCAUUAUCAUCAUGAAUCUCUUGCCCAAUAUAAUCCUAAACUUGAUGUGAAGCUGAUGUAUCCUGUAUCUAAAUAUCAGCAGGAUCAGCUGGUAAAAGAAGAUAAUAUUGAUGCUGUGGGCAAAAAGCUUCAGGAAUACCACACUCAAUAUCAAGAGAAAAGUAAAGAAUAUGACAGAUUAUAUGAAGAAUAUACCAGAACAUCACAGGAAAUUCAGAUGAAGAGGACAGCGAUAGAAGCUUUUAAUGAAACAAUUAAAAUAUUUGAAGAGCAGUGCCACACCCAAGAACGGUAUAGCAAAGAAUACAUUGAACGAUUUCGAAGAGAAGGGAAUGAGAAAGAAAUUGAACGGAUUAUGAUAAAUUAUGAAAAAUUGAAAUUACGCCUGGGUGAGAUUCAUGAUAGUAAGAUGCGACUGGAACAAGAUUUGAAGAAGCAAGCCCUGGACAACCGAGAAACAGACAAGAAAAUGAACAGUAUCAAACCUGAUCUUAUCCAGCUACGCAAAAUCAGAGAUCAGUACCUUGUCUGGCUUAAUCAUAAAGGAGUAAGGCAGAAACGAAUUAAUGACUGGCUGGGAAUCAAAAAUGAAACUGUUGAUGAUACAUAUUUUAUGAAUGAGGAAGAUGAAAAUCUGCCACAUUAUGAUGAAAAGACUUGGUUUGUGGGAGACAUCAAUCGCAUCCAGGCAGAAGAUUUGCUUUGCGGGAAACCUGAUGGAGCAUUUUUAAUUCGAGAAAGUAGCAAGAAAGGCUGCUAUGCUUGUUCUGUGGUAACUGAAGGUGAAGUUAAACACUGUGUGAUCUACAGCACUCCAAGAGGUUAUGGGUUUGCAGAGCCAUAUAACCUAUAUAGCACCCUUAAAGAAUUAGUCCUGCAUUACCAGCAUACCUCUCUCGUCCAACACAACGACUCUCUAAAUGUCCGUCUUGCUUAUCCUGUCUACGCACAGAUGCCCUCCCUUUGUAGAUAAAUUUUAGGAAGAUGAAGUAUAGGUGAAGUGUUGGUUAUCUCGAAUUUCUUUUCUACAAUUUUUAUUAGAACCCAGAGGGCAUUCUUUCUCCUUAGACUGCUUGUUUUGCACAAGAAGUUAUAUGAUGAAUGUGAAUCGGAAACUUAGCAGCAACAGCUUCGGGAUAGGUACCAUAGUGCUACCUGAAGAUCAGCUGUGUUCAUAAGGAGACUGCCUCUUGAUUUCCCAAAAAGAACAAGAAAACUCUCUCAAACUCUGUGUUUAAAAAUCCAUUGAAGCAAAAUUGUAGGAACAUUUUUGCCUGGCACCAUCAAUGGAAUUUCUACAUGGAUUUUUCUUUUCUGAGGUAUUGGUAACGUCUUUCAGUCUUAAACUCCAGGAAAAUAGGAGAAAGGCUCACCUAAAGAAGCUUUUCCGUGUUAAUUUUAGCAACUUUGCUGCAAGUUAGAAUAACUUACAAAUGAGGGCUCAUCUUGAUGUAGCAUGGUAUUUGGUGAGAGGAGACCAAAGGAAUUUUGGGGGAAGUUUCAGGUUCAUUCUUAAAAGAAUAUCCUCAAAGAAAUGUUGCUUUAUAUAUUACCAACAAUAACAAAGUUUCAGUUUCAACAGCACUACAGAUCUUCAAAUUUAAAAAAGCAAACUUUAUCCAACAAAACUUCUCUCAUUGCUGGACUGAGCACUUAUGGGGAUAAUUGCAUUUGCAAUCGCACACUUGCCAAAACUUGAAGAGAAAAUUAUGAAAGCUAAAACUUUCUCAUGUCAUUUUUAUAACUGACCUGAUGUAACUGCACCACUUUUUCCCCAUUAGUUUUUAACAUUUUUCUUUUCUUAUAACUAUUUCAGAUGUUCUUUUUAAAAGAUACUAAGCUUUGGAAUGUAUACCAGAAUGAAGCGGGCUCUUGGCAUGUUUUUUAAAAUGCUUAAUAAUUUUUGCUGUUUUGAAAACAUUGUUUGAUUUUGUUUUUAUAAAAAAAAAUUCUUGAAAAGUGCAAUGGAUUGCUUCUCAGUGGCUUGCUAAACCAAAAAAAAAAAAAAAUCCCUAUGAGUGCAGUCUAUAUAUUGUUGAAACUGGCUACAAUAAUUUUACUUGUAAUGUUUGACUUGCACCCUAAAUCAUUAAUUCCAUUGCACAGAUUGUAUACGUAUCCUUAUGAUUCAUUGUUGUUUUACCAUCAAGCAAAUAUUUGGGUAACUGAAUUUUGUCAGACUGCUCAAGCUAUAAAAGUGGUAGAAUUUAACGGAAUAUAAACAGCUGUGCUUGGUUUUCUGCUGUCAUCAGAUCCAUCUAGAUUCUGUGUAACAUCAAAUAAUAAUAGCAAAUAAUGAGAACUGGAUCCACUAGACUUAAGAAUUUGUGUUCCUAAAAAUGCUGUCAUUUUGUCACUCCACAUAUAAUUUUCUUGAAUUUUCUCGGUAUACUUGAGCUAGAACAACUGCUUACACAAAGGAAGGGGGAAACAAGCAAAUUCAGCAUGAAGUGCAUGCCAGGGGAUUGGGACAUGGACCUCUUCUGUCUUUACCUUGCUUUCAUGACAUCUUGAGCCCCCAGACUGUUACAAAUGUUUACAUAUAGCAGAAUGCACUACAGAAAGCAUAUGUAUUAUGCAGAAUAUGAAAUUGCUGAACAGGAAUUGAAAAAUCUUGAGUUCUAAUUAUCAGCUGGAGGGGCCAAAGUAGACUGCUUAAUAUGUCCCAACAGCACUUCUGAUUUGCACUAUUCUACUGCCAUUUAAACCAAGAGCUGCAGCAAUGUCUUCAGAAAAAAACUGGAUUGACUGUAGUUCUUUGUGAAAAGAACUGUAGCUGUGUAAUCCCUAGGCUUCUGCAAAGAUAAUGAAUGACCCUUUCCCAUCCUCUUAAAUAAAGCCUAGUCACCACACUUUACUUUUACUCACCAGCAAAGUUUCUACUGCUAAAUGUGUCUUCGAAUUUGCUAGUUUUCAGAAAUAGCACGGAGAUCCUCUGGGUGCCAGGCAGGUUGUACAGUCUGAUCUGGCACUUGCACAUUUUUCAAGUACUGGUUAGGCUACAAAAGUCAUAUGUCAACAACAGUGGAACUUUUCUGGGCCUUCAAUAAUCAGUCUUUCUAUUUAAAAUAUAAACAUAAAAUGGAUUGCCAGUAUAUAAUCUACCAACUCCCAUAUUAUGAAUAAAUUUCACCUUGUUUACCCAUUCAAACUCACUGGAAUUUGUUGAUUUCAGUAAUUCUGAAAUGUACACUUCCUUUAAACAUUAUCUAUUUCAUAUACACCUCAGGAGCCACCUUGAUCCAGUUUAUGAAUAUGGCUCUAUUGUUUUUCACUCUUUAAAACCUAAUUGAAAUAUAUAGAGAAUAUGUUUUACCAUCUGCAUUCAGCUUCAGCAGGCGUUCUUGAUUUAAUGUCCUUGACUGCAAUAAUUUUUUUACAUUAGUGGGACUUAGCUGACCUCAAGUGGCAGCAUUCUUAAUUCUCCUGCCUGAUUGUUAGGAUUAGCUGCCCUACAAGCAUCACUGGCUAACAGCAAAGCUAAAAUGAACAGAAAACAACAAAAGUCCAGAAGUCAAAUCAAUGAAUGAAUGUGUACAUCCAAAAAGCAAAGCAAAAAUAUUUGCUUCUGAAAACAAAAAUAUUUGGGUUGUUAAAAAGUAUGAUUUUUUUAAAAAAUGCUGAUCUUGAUGAUCCAUUCUUUGUUUUUGCAGUGUUAAAUGGUAAAUGGGGUGGACGAAAUAGUGUUGUCUAAUAUUCAGAGUUAUGAUUGAGAAUUUUACAGUAUUUUGUUUUCUCACAAGUUCAUUUUUAUGCAAUUGCUAAAUUUGCUAUGAUGCUCAGUGGGUCAGGUUAAAAAACAAUUGAAAUGCCAGUACCUCUGGUCAUUAAUUUCUUUGCCACUGGUACUUAAUAAGAACUAAUGCAUACAUUUAAUUGGAGGUUUCAAGAAGCAGUAAUAUCUAGGGUAUAACAUCUCUUUUGCACUCUUAGCCCUAAGCAGAACCCUGAACCAUUCAUUUAAUCAUAUGAAUAGUUUAUGAACUAGAGACCCAUUUUAAACAUACAAAGGCUCAUAUGAGCAAACUGGAGCUGUUUGUUUCUCCAUUCUCUCUUACACUGCCUCAAAGUACUUUUGUAUAUUUUUAUUUUUCAAAAAGGUCAUAUAAACUACCACUGUUACCAACUUCUUGCACAUCCAUAGGAUUCAUUGGGAUCAAGGUCUAAGCGUGACAUUCUUAAUGCCGGAAUACAGUAUUCCAAUUUCCAGCUACAUCUAUCAAAUCCAUCUACACUGAACUCAUUUAUAUGCAAUUUCUCCAGUCAUACUGUAUUUUUUAUAUAAUGUAGCACUUGGAUUAAAAUAAAAGAAACCACAUUAAUUCUACAAGACACCAACCUGCAUAAUCUCAGGAAUAGAGACAGGUCAUUCAAUCUGUCUUGGAACAGGUAGAUAGUGGUUUGUUUAAAGAAAUAGGGACAUGUUUAGUGCUAUGUUACAGAUUUGGGGGAUAAACAUUGGCACUCACUAUGGAAAGUCUUGACAAGAUGUACAGUGACUUAAUACAGUGUUUGUUCAUGUAGCAAUUUUGCUUUUUUGCUCUUUUUCAAAUUUGGAAAAGCCCUUUUUGGUACUUGAUUUUUUUUCCUGAUGAAAUGUAUGGUUGUUGGGUUUUUUGUUUGUUUUUGUUUUAAAUUUUGUGUACCUUAAAUUUACAGUUAAUGGGGAAUAAAAAACUAAAGUGGUA